CGUCCAUUGAUAAAAGCACGACAACAUGAGCGUAUCUGUCACUCGCACAAAUACUAAGCAGACUGCUGCCUCUAAAGUUGUGAGACGGCAACGGGCUUAUGACCACCUGUAUGAUCCUGUUUACACUGUGUCAUCGGAAGUUGACCAUGCCAGGUCCAGUCUCAAGGUGUUUACGUCUCAGGACCGAAUAAGGAGAGUGACUGAGUUUGGGUCUAUGUUCAGUGACCUGUCCCACCACCCGCGGUAUACUGUUCAGCUGGACCCAGCAGACCCAAUCCCAGCCUCUGUUGAUCGUCGCUGGCGAGGCCACACACAACAGCGUAUAGAGGCAUUGCAGCAGCUGGCUGGGGUUAUUCCAAAUGCUCAUUUAUGGUUGAAGAGGGAGGAGUGCCAUGUGACCGGAGCCGAUCGCUGGAAAUACUUUAAACGCCCUCUGAUUCCCUUUGCACAGCAGGUUCCCCCGGAUGCAAUUUUUGCUUUGCCUAGAGAAGACUUUGUAUCUUCUGGGGGAAAGAAUGCUGAGCAUUCUCAACAGCCCACCCACUUCACUGUCGGGGUCCAGACAGACUACAGGGAAAGCGAAACACAGACGGACCCGUACAGCCCUGAGUAUGUGGUGCAACCUGGGACAACUCCCUCAGAACUCCUGCAACUGGCAGCUUUGACUUGGGGUCGUGGUCUGCCUGCAGGCCUGGCAGAAGUGGAAAUGAUAGAGCGGGCACGUGCCAAACGAGCUUGGGGGGCCACCCUUCCUCCAUUGGAUGACCUUAGUCAGCUGGAAAAAAGGAGACGUAUGAUGGAGGAAAUGGAAGUUAAAGAGUGGGCUUUUAGAGAAGGAGAAAUCCAGAAGUUGCAAGAGGCUCGUCUUGCCGUGCUGAAGGACCUCUUGAGGCAAAGAGAUGAGGCCCAGAAAGGUGUCACAAGUGACAGACUCAACCAGAUAUAUUCUAAGCACCAAAAAGACAAAGAGACCAAGCUACAAAAGAUUCACAAUGACUACAUCAGGUCACUGAGGAAACUGGAAGCUAAGAGGAGAAAUGUGGAGGGGGAGCUACAGCGAUUUGGCAUUGCCAAAACAUUUACAGAUUUUGAGACAUGUGGCCCUCGGAGCCACGGGGAUACAUUUACCAACAGGAAAACCUGCAAAAAUGAGUUGGAAAGCCACUACUUGAACACAUAUGAGGGUUUGCUGGAGAUAGAGGCAGGACUCUCUGCCUCAGUCCUCAAGCCAUGGGGGAAAAGACAUAAGCCCAAAGUCAUCAAGAAUGUCAUCCGUCCACCUGUAAACAGAGCAGUAGAACUGAUGAAAAAAUACAAGGCCCUGAGAGAGGAGGACAAUGGGCAAGUAGCAAAGAAGUCUUUGCGUUUUCUUGUCAAGAGGGAGAAGCCUGUUCCUCGUCCUGUCAGUCCCAAGGUGGAGGAGCCACCAGAGGGGGAUGAGGAGAGAGAGCUCGGAGUCAUCCACUUGCAGAAACUACUGAGAGGAAGAAGUAUUCAAUACAAGAUGUUUAAGGGCAAGGAGAACCAUCUGGAGCUCAUUCGGGAACUGAGGACUACCCACGCCCUGCAGGGGGAGGAGCAAGAGCUACAGAAAGCUGACAAAGGGCUCGUAAUGACCCUUAAAAAGCAGAGAGACAAGCAUAGACACAAGACCUCUCAAGAGGAAGCUUCUCAGGCCAGAGUGGCAGGUGCUGAGCUUGAAUACCUAUUCGACACCUUGUCCAAGGAGCUGAUUCAUCUCCAGGAAGAGCGUAGGAUCCAUGCCUUCACACUAGUGGCUGAGAGAGACCGUAGGCUACGAGAGGCUGAGGAGAGUGGGAGGAGACAGAUGGAGGAGCGCAGACGCAGAGAAGAGGAUGAGAUCUUCAGACAAGUGGUUCAGGUGCACCAGGAAACUGUGGAUUUGUAUUUUGAGGACAUCAUCCUAGGGACCUUGGAGCGGACAGCUGACAAGCAGGCCAGAGAGGAGAUCCACAGGAGGGCAAAGGAGGUCAACGACAUUGCUUAUGCCAUGGAGGAAAGCCGAAACAAUCUUCAGUCGGAGGAGAUUGUGUCUGAGUUGGUGUACAGUUUCCUUAUCCCAGAGGUCGAGAAGAUCACCGUCAGGCAAAGAGUGCACCAGAGGCAGCAUAGACACUUGCAAGCAGCUGCGAGCAUCAUUCAAGGAACUCCUGGGGAUUCUGGGAUCCUUCCUAGCACUCCUGGGAAAGAGCGUCCAACCGGGGCCUGGAGGAGAUGAGCAGCCAAGUGGAGCAGGAGAAGGGGAAGAAAACAAAGCAGCACCCAAUUCAAACUGAAGAAAGAGAGGACUAAAAAUAUAGUGUGUUGAAAUGCAGUCUGAUGUCUACAUUUGUUGUUCAUUCAUAUUAUUAAAGUGACAUAU